UUGCAACCCAUUCCUCUAUUAUCUUCAUUCCUCUAGAGAGAGAAACAAGAGAGAGAGAGAGAGAGAGAGAGAGAUAUAUGGGGUAUGCCAUUCUAACAUUGCUCAUAUUCUUCCUAGCCAUAAGCCCAACAAGAUCCAACACCAAUUUCAUCCCCAAAUCAUGCACCACCACAUUGUACCCUGAGCUUUGUAACUUGUACCUCUCGCGUUUCGCAACAAGAGUCGGAACCAGCCCAAGACUCUUGGCACAGAUUGCACUGGCCGCGACCCUUAGUGCCACUCGAACCACUUCAACAAAACUGACAACGUAUUCGAAGACCCAUAAAUUGACGAAGAGAGAAACGUCUGCAAUGAAAGACUGCAUUGAAGAGAUUGGUGACUCGGCCUACGAGCUCCGCAAGUCCAUGGUGGAAAUGACUAAGGUCCACACUGGCUCCGGAUUCCUGUUCGAGAUGAACAGUAUAGAAACUUGGGUCAGUGCAGUAUUAACAGAUGACGACACCUGCACAGAUGGCUUUUCCGGGCAAUAUAUGAAUGGAGAGCUUAAAACCAUGGUUCGUAAAGAAGUUCUAAACAUUGCGCAUCUGGCCAGCAUCGCUUUGACUUUCGUCAACAAGUUUGCAAAAGGAUAAACUACUAAGAGCUAAACAAAUUAUUUAUGUAGUCAAGUUUAUAAAUUUUUUUCCCAUCGUAUUAUGUCGUUGUCAAAUAAUGGAUUCAUUCGCAAUAUUAUCAUUAAGAAGUACACAAUUCCCCAACAUAUCUUAUAAAACAGUUAUUCAGUAUUACGUUCAUA